UCAUAAAAAUAAUAGAGUGUGUGAAGUGGAGUGUGUUCACCUGUGUUUGUAUGGAGCCUCUUUCUUUUUAUUCUGUCUUUACCACUUGUCUUUACCACUGGGCAGUGAGCUCUUCAUUUCAGUUUCCAAAUAUAAAUAAAUUUAUCACUAUGGGAUAUUUUAUCACUAUGGGAUAUGAGGAAGAGAGAUAUCUACUUUAUAUAUGGAACACCACUAAUAGGUUAUAUAUAUGUAUUGAAAUAUGUUAUGACGGAUACUGAAAACCAGUGCUGCUAUUUUAUUAUUAACACUUAUGUAGUGUUCAUAGUUAUUAAUACUUAUUGUUUCAAGUAAGAGCCGGAUAGGUGUUUAAAAAGGUGUUGGAAACAAAGGAAAUGACAUUCAAUAUUGAAAAAAGCAAAACACACUGUGCAUGAGCACUUAUUUCAUACACUCAUGGUAUGAAAGAGAUCUUAUUAAAGAAAUAAAGGGUCAACGAGAACAGUUUGUGAAGGAUAUUGAUGAUCUUGCUAUUCUCAGCAAGAAACUCAAGGGUCAACGAGAAGAGUUUGUGAAGGAGAGAUGCCAAUUUCUCACAUUAGUUGAAAGGAUAAAGAAUUGCGAUCAGUGCAGAGAAACGGCACAUAAUUUCACAUUUUCUGAAGUCAAUUUGAUGGAAAUGGAAAACAGCGAGGCUUCUCUUUCUGCUCUGGGAGAUGAAAUUUUGCAAAAGGUUGCUUCAUUUGUAGAAAAGUCUCCAAUUGCGGCUGAGCAAAAACUAUCAGAUUCUGGUGGUCGGGUCUCUUGGCUUCGCAAGUGCACCACAAAAAUUUUUAAGUUGUCCCCUAACAAAACUACUCAAAAUUUGGAGUCAACUUCAUAUGCUGCUGAAGAGAAUCGUUGGCAUGACAGUAGUAUUGACGUAGACAUUAGAGACUCGGAGGGGCCCGGUAGUACUCAUGCCGAUGAUAUUUACCAAAAGAGAGACGAUGUUCCUGAAGAGUCACAGCAAUCUGGCCUAAGUAUUCGACACACCCGUGGGAAAAAACCUAAGGGUGGAAUCCGUAGGACCCGCUCUGUGAAGGAAGAGGUUAGAUGAUUCUCGCCAAACGAUUUAGAAGAAGCUCGCUGUUGACCAAAUAAUGAAUCUAGAGAGCUGAACGAUUGUGGUCUGAUAAGGCUGCUAUCCACAGGCCUGAAAUAACAAGUAAAAGAAUUCAGUUGUU